AUGCAUCCCAAUCAAGGUCCCCCGAACUAUCCGGGCGGUGGCAGUGGUCCCCCUGGUCAACCACCAGGCUUCCCUGGACCGGGCGGUCCGAAUCAACAAGGAUAUCCGCAAGGAGGAUUCCCACAUUAUCCGAUAUAUCAAGCUGGAAUUCCUCAUCAAUAUAUGCCACCACCGGCGACACCUCAAUAUCCACAAACUGGUGGAGGAGGAGGUGCAGGAGGAAGUGGUGGUGGUGGUGCGGGAGGGGGAGGACAGUUACCCGCUUAUAUGACUAUGCAGAUCAAACCGGAACCAAUGUGGAGUCAAGAUUCUCGAUACGGUAUGGGACCCGGUACAUCUGGAAUGCCGGGAGGACAAGGAGGAUACGGUGGACACGGCGGUGGACAGCAAUAUCACGGAAUGCCUCAUAAUGUGGAUAUGGGAGAUGGAAGGAAUAGAAAGGGCUCCUCACCACCGUCCCCAAGUGAUGUUUUCAGCAUUGCGCCGGCUCCAGUACGGUACUCACCGCCACCGGCGGCGUCUCAUCACUCCGCCGCGACGAAUCAAUCGUUGUUGGCUCAACAUCUAGCCACCGCUCCACUUCCACCUCCUGUCCCUCCUCAGCAAGCACCGCAUCUCACUCAUUUACUUCAACAACCAAUGUAUCCGGGUGCUCAUCCUGGGGAGGGACCGUCUGGCUCAGGAGGAGGAGGAGGUGGACAGCAGCAGCAGAGAGAACGAGGAGUCAGAACUACGAUGACACCGAGGGAAUUGCUGCAUGAGCAGGAGACAAGAUUCGCACAGUUGCAGAUGGCACGUCAACAAGCGUAUAUUCAACAACAACAAGCCUAUCAGGCGGCUCAACAGGAAUAUCUUCAACAGACACGGGCUGCCCAGUUACAAGCCGAACAGGCCGCCGUCGCCGCCGCUGCGAUGGCUGCUGUCCCGGCGAACACUUCGAAUUUGAUACCACCGUUGGCACAAGGAUUCCCGCCGUCCGCUUCGUCGUCUCAUUCCGCGUAUCGAGGAGCGCAGGAAAUGGCGGUAGGAAAUCAAAUGGUGCCUCUAUCAAUGGUUCGUGAGUCACCACAUCAAAAAGAUAUCGAUCUGAACAAAUUCACGACCGGAGAGCUGUGUUUAUAUGGAAGAGAACUUGUGAAUGAGCUCAAUGUCAAAACUUCUCAUCUCUCGUUAAUGCUCAAAAAAGUGAUGGAACGGAAGACGUUGAAUCAGGGAGAGAAUCCCAACGAGUUGGCCGCCCAUUGUCGGUUCAAUUUGGAGAGAAUGAGUGAGAUACGUCAAAUCAUCGAAGGACGACGGGAGCCGGAGUGGAAACGGUUGAGUGGUGACGAGUAUAUCGAGUUGAUGUUGGAUGAUUCGGAAUUGGCGAAGCCGAUGAGUGAGGAGCAGAAGGCGAAGAGAGAGGAGUUGGAGCAGAGAUUCCCCCACAUUCUCUCAAAGGAUCCACCGAAAGAAGGACACAUUUUCUAUCAGGGACGAUGGAUUCCGCCGGCACUUCACGCGAAAUAUAUGACAUUCGAGGCGAAUAAAACGAUCCUCCGAAACCUAUCAACCCAACUGAAAGCAGUCGCCUGGAAAAUCGACGUCACGAGUCCGGGACACUUGAAACGAGUGGAUCAGACGAAGAUCUCGCGGAAGAAGAACGAGGAGCCGUCCAAUUAA